AUGGCGCCGAACAUCAUCAAGAAUUUCCGCUCCUUCAGAUGGGAUUCCAACACCCAUCUCAAAUCCCACGAACGCGUGCUCCUCCGCAAGCUCGACUUCUCCAUCCUGACCCUCGGCUGCCUGGGCUUCUUCCUAAAAUAUCUCGACCAAGGCAACCUCUCCAACGCUUAUGUCUCUGGCAUGCAGGAAGAUCUGCGCAUGUAUGGCAACAAAUACACAUAUGCAGUAACCUGCUACACUGUCGCCUAUGCCGUCAUGCAGAUCCCGACUUCUUCCCUGCGCUGUUGUGUGCCGGGGAGCUGGUACACGAAGACUGAACUUGCGAAACGGAUUACAAUCUUUCAUAUGACGACGCUAACUGGACGUGCCUUCGGAGGAUAUCUGCAAGCUGCGGUGCAUAAGAGUUUGGAUGGACACCAUGGAUUGGAAGGCUGGCGAUGGCUCUAUAUCUGUAUGACCGUCCCCACAUUGUACACAACAUGCGCUUGGUUCCUUACCGACAAAAGCAAGCAAAUCGUCAUCGAGUGUGUCAAGAAAGCUGGAAAAGCAGCGCCCGCUAAGAUCACCCUUGCCACGUUCAAACACGUCUUGACUGGCUGGCGAUGGUACGCGUUCGUCCUAGGUAACGUGCUCUACGGUAGUGCCUGUGGAGUGAGCGACUAUUUCGGUAUCUGGCUUAAGUCUGAAGGCUUCUCGAUCGUGGACCGCAACAUCAUUCUGUCACGGUUUAGACUACCGACUGUAAUAUCCGGGUUCUGCAUCGUGCUAUGGGGCUUUUCGUACGAUUACACAGGCAGCAAAUUUGCAUUUGUCUUCGGGCCGCUCGCGUAUAGACUGAUCUCGAACGGAAUUUUGGCUUUUUGGCCGCCGAGUCAGAAUGCGAAGCUGUUUGCGUUUUUGACCAUGAAGGGCUUCCAGUAUGCCGUUGCAACCUGGCUUCCAAUUGUAAUCUUUCCCCAGACCAUGGCUCCAACUUUCCGUUAUGGGUUCCCUGGUACAUUUGGCCUAGUGAUUGCUGCGCUGAUUGUCAUCGUGACCAUCCAACUCCUACAGAACCGGUCGUUGAAGAAAGAGAAGAAAGGUUAA